AUGUUGUCGCGUUCCCGGCGCGCAUUGGCGCCCGAUUCCAGCGGCCCCUCGCCGCGUUCCGGCUGCUUCGUACCGUUCAUCUUCUUCCUGGGUGUAUUGAUCACAUGUUUCGGCUUCAUCUUGAGCGAGUGGGAGCCUGUGGACCGCAGUAACAUUGGCGGUGUCAAGGCUGAAGACUUCCUCUCAUACGGACCCAUCGACGUCGUGUAUACGUGGGUUAACGGCACCGAUCCACGCUGGAAGAAGGAGAAGGAGUUCUGGCACAAACACUGGAUCGCUUCAUUGACUGGCCAGCCGCUGCCCGUGUGGGGACAGGAGGCCGAUGUUAAGGGCAAGGACGACUCGAACUCGGACAACCGAUUCCGAGACAACGAAGAGCUCCGCUAUUCUCUCCGUUCAUUGGAGAAAUAUGCGCCUUGGGUACGUCACAUCUACGUGGUUACAGACGGUCAGAUCCCUUCGUGGCUCGACAUUGAAUCCCCCAAGCUCAGCAUCGUCAAACACCGCGAUAUUUUCGCUAAUAAGAGCCACUUGCCGGUGUUUUCUUCUCCUGCUAUCGAGUGGAAUCUGGAUAAUAUCCCCGGACUUAGUGACAUGUUUCUAUACUUUAACGACGAUGUGUUCCUGGGCUCUCCAGUGCGACCCGAGGACUUUGUGAGCCAAGCUGGAGUGCAGAAGGCCUACUUCGCAUGGGAAAUCCCGCUGUGCUCCAACAGAUGCUGGGAGAGCAGCUUGGCCAAUGGACGAUGUGAUAAAGAGUGCAAUGUUACAGCCUGUGACUUUGACAUGGGGGACUGUGGAUGUGACGUGAACCCUCUGGAUGGAUCGGUGACGUGUGAUGCAGAGAAGAUCGCGAGUAUCUUGGAACAAUCGCCCAAGCCGCCAAAGAUUGGGAAUCAUAUAUGUCAAGGAUUGUGUCAUUAUCAGUGGCUGGGAAAUGGAAUGUGUGAUCGUACGUGUAACGUGAGCUCGUGUGCGUUUGAUGGAGGAGAUUGCAGAGUGGUGAAGCCCUAUGACCGAAACAGACCUUAUCUUCACGACGAGGAAGAUGAAGGCAUGUCACCAUUGGUGAAGGACUUGUGGUCGGCGGAUGUGGAGUUGAACCACACACUUGUGCAGGUGCCAUUGGAUGUGAACGCGACGUACAUGAAUCUAACGGAUGCGUUUGGCGUCAAUGGCAGCAUUUUGAGUGCUGCUCAUGAUAAUGAAGAGCUUGUUCGCUUCGCUUCUGUAUACGAGAAGGAAAUGGUGCUGUUACUAGUGUUUGGUCGCGAUUCGGAUGCCAAUCCGAUGACGAGUAGUGUCCAGAUCACAGUUGUUGGUGAAGAUGCGGAAGGUACUCCUAUCCAGUUGGACUUCUCGCUGAUGCGUGGAAAGAACCAGAUUGAAGAGGUUACGAGUCCUGCUCAAGUGGAAGGCGUUGAAGAGAUUUCCAGCGGUGUAUCCACGUUCCAAAAUACCAGUAUCCGGCCUCAACUCAUCCGUCUGCCUUUUGGGUUUCGACAAGCUAAGUUCCGCAAUGUUAUGCCUUCUACUGAUGAAGAAACAGAGAUAAAACUUGCAACGGCGUCAGAAGAUGGAGAGGAGGUUUUGUUAGAUGGGCAGAUCGCUGUUGUUGCAAACAAGUUGGCUAACAAAGUGCCGCUUAUUGAGGUGUUUCUGCCGUUUAACAUCACAGGAAAGAAGCUGAACGACGGCGAUAUUCUAAACCUCGGAUGGAACAUGGACUUGCGGCUGCAUAACGACGUAAAGGAUAUCGACUGGAGUGACCACGAUGUUUGCCAGUUGAAGGUGCCGAAGAAGAAACCAGCGACACAACCUGCUACUGAUGAUUCUGCUGGUCAAGCAAAGAAAAAUAUCGCGGACGGCAGGAAAGAAGGUUCUGUAGCGGGUGAAGACCAAGCUGAAGAUAUGAUUAUUCCUCUCCUUGCGGAUUCACUGGAAGAGAAGAUUGAGCAGAAUGACAAGACGCUAGAUGCUGCUCAGGAUGAAGCUAAUCAGGACGAGAAUAUGGAGGCAGAAGUUGCUGAGUACGAUGGCGGUAUCACGAAAUGUCGGCUUGCGGAUGACAACCGUGGUGUCAUUGUCACUGUGCGAGUUUUGACGAACCACGCCCACGCUAUACUCUCUGCUACUGGAGUUCUUGACGACGAGGAGAAGGAGAGUGAAACAGAUGCUCCUGAUACUCCCGAGACAAGCAGCUCUGCAGCUAGUGAUACGAAUGGAAUUGAUUACAGUGCAGUGAACAAAAUGAUGGAGGAGUGGAAGACGAGUCCGCAGGCCGCUGACGGCCAAAUCUGCUUCUUCGAUGCGGACCGUGCUGAUCCGUCACGUUAUCGCUACUGCUUCGCUCUAGCACUGGGUCACUACCACUCGGAAGAAGUGGAGUUGAUGCACAAGCCUACGCUCUGGGCUCUCUUGCAUCCGCCCAAGCCUAAAGUAGUGUAUACGCCAUACACGGGCGAUGACCCAGCUUUACUUGAGCUGCUUGACCGUUGUAUUGACACCACCCGACGUCUCAUCGGCAUUCGUCCUCGACUGUGUUACAAGAACGAAGUGCCUAUCCCGCGUCCUGCCAAGGACGAAGAUAAAGUGGACUUGCAAAAAGAGAAGGAAGAAGAAGGUCGUCGUCUCGCCUGUGAAGCCCAGAAGCGGCGAUUGGUUCAACGUGAACAGCGCGAGAAGGAGGAGCGAGUAGCUCAAUCCAGUGGCCUCUUUGGAGGCUUGAGUCGCCUCGUUGGGAACAUCAAGACGACCGUCGGUCUUGGACAUGUCGUGUCUACUAACGAAAGCUUGGAUGACGUCGAAUACGCAGACGUCUGUGGUCCUGCUGAGCCUAAGGAAGAAAAGCCCAAGAUUACACUUCGAGACGCACAAGCUCACCUCUCCAAGGACACGUUUGGAGACUCCCUGCGUUAUGUCAACAAGCUGUACAACCGCGCCUUUGGCAAGCCAAAGACAUCAGAUCGACGACGUGUACCAUCUCACAUGCCCUUCUUGCUGCAAAAGUCUAUCAUUCGUGAGAUUAAGGACCACUGGACCAAGGAGAUUCAAGAUACGAGUGCUCAUCGCUUCCGUCACCCUCAAGACAUGCAGUUCAGCUUCUCAUACUUCCAUUAUCUGAUCAACCGCGCCAAGAUCCACCCUCACACAUUAGAAGAAAUCUGGAGAGAAUACCUGGACGCCAACCGUAACGGGAUCUUGGACGAGAACGAAGUGCUGACUGCUGCUAGUCUCGCACACGGCGACGCCCCGCCUGAGGAUUUCGUGAACGAAGUGCGCGAGUGUGUCCAGCCUGAAAAACGCGAGAAGGUUCGCGAGAUUCCGACAGCUGAAGGAACACUGAGACUCAGCGAGACGUUGACGCCGUAUAUUACUCUGGAGAACCUCGAGCGAUGUCCUUCAGUACGUGACGCUCUCAUCAAGAACGUACGAUACGAGACCAAGGUGGAAUUGAUGCCGGAGACUGAAGUUACGUUCCACAUGCUAAGUGACAAUUUCAAGUUUGCAUGGAAACAAAUGAUGGGCACGCGAGCACGACGCACCAAGUUUGUGUGUAUUAAUGACGACAUGAAGAACCCGUCGACUGCAGUGAGUCAGAUCCUGCACGAACUGUUCCUGUCUAUUUGGCCCAAACGCUCGCAGUUCGAACUACCGUAUCAUCUGAAGAACCGCUAUGCGCACAUCGACGAGUUUAAUGCUGCACAAGAGCGUCGUCAUCUUGCAGCAGCCAUUGCAGUCGUGAUCUUACUGUUGAUCGCUUUCGUCUUCCGUGCUGAGCUCCGUGCAAUGUUUGGCUUCCAGGACAUCGCGCGGGCACGUGCUGCAUCAGCUUCGCAACUUACUCAAGACUUCCAGCAAGCUCAAGAUGAAGAGGAUAAAGAGGACGACGACCCAACGAGUAAGCGACGUCCAAGGAAGGCGUCGGCCUAG